GCAUCAUCCUUCGAAAUGACAGGUGACCGGCGCUGAGAUAUUUUUUGUCUAUAAAGGGCGUACUAGCUUUCAAAGACAGUACAUUCAUUGGACAGUUUGAAGCACCAACCAUGACCCGUCUUCUGCUAGUCUCCGUGCUCGCGAUAUCAGUGGCCUGCGUCGCGUCCUAUCAGCAGAACAUACUGUGGAGAAGUGGCUCCAACAGUUACAGCCCUUAUGACUACGGCAGCGGCGCAUACGGCAGCUACUGGGGAAGUGGUUCAGGCAGUUAUUAUCCCUUCCCUGGUGGCCUUGGAGGACUGAGCGUGUAUGGAAACGGAGGCAGCAGCAAUAGCUUUGGCUACGGCUCCAACUAUCCUUCGAACGUCUACUAUGGCCAAGGCAAUGGAUUCGGUGGUGGCUGGUACGGCCAACAGCAACAGGUGCAGUACUGGUAAUGUUAGUACUGUGAUGGCGUCGAUAAGAAAAGCUCUUGUAUAAUAAAGACAAACGCCAACUUGCUCGCUGAGACGGA